ACUAAUGUCAAUUGUUACCCAGCUCUAUUAUCGCCGCGUUGUGUUUUUUGCUCUUACAAAUUUUCAUCGUUGUUUUUCCAAACAUUCUCUCGAAUUAAACGCGCCAUGGCGGAAAGCGAUGCCGAAAGCGAUUCUAGUAGCAAUUCUAGCAGUAGUGACUCUUCCAGUGGAAGCGAAAGCGACGACAGGAGCGAAUCCUCAUCCUCUUCCAGCAGCGGGCGGGAAGAAGAAGCAGUGCAGAAAGAAUCCGCCAAAGGUACGAAAAAAUCUGAUGAUAAGGAUAAAAGGGAGAAAAGUCGUAAGGAGAAAGAAACUGGAAAAGAAGAGUAUCAACAUGACCAGCGAACAGAUCCGCUUAAACACUCCCGGUUGGAAUCUAAUGAAAUUUCCCAUUCUGCUGGCGUGGAAAAGCAGCAAGAAGAAGCAGCAGCAGCUGCUGCGACGGCGGAAAGUGAGAAAUUAAAUGAAGCGGAAAAAGUUGAAACACCUGUCCAACGAAAAGAGGAAACAGAGGCCACAGGUGUGACGAAAGACCUGGAAAAUCCUAAAGAGGAAGCAGAAGAACGUCUAAAAAAAGAUGAGCAGCCGGUUACCACCAAUGGAAGUAUUAAGAAAUCGCCGGAUGGAACAGCUGCGACUAUAGUGGAAACUCUCACAACGGACAACCACAUUGAGGAAGGGGAAAUAACCGAUAAAGACGACGAUGACUUUCCACCUACUAAGGAAAGCGAAAAAUCCGCCGCCACCAAGAACAGUCCAUCCAAAGAAACCCACCGCCAACGAAGUCCCAGUCAAGAGGAGAAUCGACGACGGCCCCGUUCCACCAGCAAAAGUCCUUCACCACGUAACCGGCGUCGUCGUCGCUCUAGAAGCAAGUACAGUAGAACUCGUAGCCGCAGUGUCAGCCCAGUUCGCCGGAGAUCCAAUUCCUUGGAGAGAAGGCGCCUGGAGCGACAAAAACGUCAUGAGGCACGGGAUAAACGCGACGAAGAAAGAGCUAAGGAGCGAGAGAAGCGCCAUCAAAAUCGUGACAAAUCCACCAGCCGGCGUAGGGAUGAUUCGAGGGAUAGAAAGAGGUCAUCAGAUCGCAAACGAGAUCGAUCCACCUCGAGCCAAGGCUCACUAUCCUCCAAAACUGCUCGCAAUUCUGAAGCCAAUAAUGCAGAUAAUGAAACGGUAACCGAGCCGACUGCCAAAAUAACAGAGCGUCAACGAAAGACUGUGGAUGUAUUGACGUCAAGGACAGGAGGAGCUUAUAUUCCACCAGCUAAGCUGCGUUUGAUGCAGUCACAGAUCACAGAUAAAGCAUCAGCUGCCUAUCAGAGAAUCGCUUGGGAGGCCCUCAAAAAAUCCAUCCAUGGUUACAUCAACAAAGUGAAUGUGACAAAUAUAGCAAUCAUUACCAGGGAGCUUUUAAGAGAGAAUAUCGUCAGGGGAAGGGGCUUACUCAGCAGGAGUAUUAUCCAAGCACAGGCUGCUUCGCCCACUUUUACCCAUGUGUACGCCGCUCUGGUGAGCAUUAUAAACUCAAAGUUCCCGAAUAUAGGCGAGCUCCUUCUCAAACGUCUGGUCAUCCAAUUUCGUAGGGCAUUCCGACGUAAUGAUAAGUUGGUAUGCAUGUCGGCCACUAGAUUCAUAGGUCACCUGGUAAACCAGCGAGUGGCUCAUGAAAUUUUAGCCCUAGAGAUCCUCACCCUGUUGGUGGAAACUCCUACAGAUGAUUCUGUAGAGGUGGCCAUUGCUUUUCUUAAAGAAUGCGGCAUGAAACUGACUGAGGUUUCCUCCAAAGGCAUUGGGGCCAUCUUUGAGAUGCUGAGAAACAUCCUGCAUGAGGGAAAGUUGGACAAGCGAGUACAGUACAUGAUCGAGGUGCUGUUCCAGGUGCGAAAGGAUGGCUUUAAGGAUCAUCCGGCUGUUGUUUCGGAACUGGAACUGGUGGAAGAGGACGAUCAGUUCACACAUCUGAUGAUGUUAGACGAAGCCACUGAAACAGAGGAUAUACUAAAUGUUUUUAAAUUUGACGACAACUAUGCGGAGAACGAAGACAAAUACAAAGGAUUGAGUCGCGAGAUCCUGGGCAGUGACGAUGGCAGUAGUUCUGGGUCGGGUUCUGGAUCAGAUUCAGAUAGCGAUUCGGACGGAGAAUCUGGAUCGGACGCGGAAAAGAAAACCGAAGGUGGAGACAUCAUCGACAACACCGAAACCAAUCUGAUUGCCCUACGACGCACAAUUUACUUAACAAUUAACUCUAGUUUGGACUAUGAGGAGUGUGCCCACAAACUAAUGAAAAUGCAACUGAAACCCGGGCAGGAAAUAGAAUUAUGUCAUAUGUUCCUUGAUUGUUGUGCGGAACAAAGGACAUAUGAAAAGUUUUAUGGACUGCUGGCUCAGCGUUUCUGUAACAUAAAUAAGAUCUAUAUACCACCCUUUGAGGAAAUUUUUAAGGAUACCUAUCAAACCACACACAGAUUGGAUACGAACCGUUUGAGAAACGUCAGCAAGUUUUUUGCUCACCUGCUAUUUACCGACGCCAUCAGUUGGGAUGUGCUCGAAUGCAUACUACUGAAUGAGGAUGAUACCACUUCAUCGAGCAGGAUCUUCAUAAAAAUCCUAUUUCAGGAGCUAGCUGAGUACAUGGGCUUGGGAAAACUAAAUGCGAAACUCAAGGAAGACGUUUUGGUGGAAAGUCUAGCUGGUCUAUUCCCCAAGGAUAAUCCAAGAAAUACACGCUUCUCAAUUAACUUUUUCACCUCUAUUGGCUUGGGUGGACUGACCGACGAUUUAAGAAGAUUCUUGAAAAAUGCCCCCAAGGCUGUGCCCGCUAUAAAUGCAGAAAUCCUGGCCAAUACAGGAGGGAAUCCUUUUAGAGAUGGGUCUGCACCCGCUGGGAAUUCCAAGGUAGAACCACCUUCGUCCGAUUCCUCAUCAUCGUCAUCUUCAGACACUAGCAGCGAAGACUCCAGUGAAAGCGAAAGUAGUUCUUCUAGUGAAUCUUCAAGUUCCGAUUCCAGUUCAGAACCCAAGAAAAAACGAAAACGCAAGGAUAAAGGCAAGAAGAAAUUGAAGAAGGUCAGUAAGGAGAAGGCCAAGAAGAGCAAAAACAAAAAGGCCGAGAAGAAAAAGAAGGCUGAGAAGGAGAAACGGAGAGCGGAGAAGGAAAGGGAAAAGGAGAAGCAAAAGAGGGAGAAGGAAAAGGAGAAAGAUAAAAAGCGCGAGAAAGAGAAAAAGAAGGCAGCCAAAAAGAAAUCAAAGCGCAAAAGGAAACGCCAGGAGAGCUCAAGUUCCAGCAGCAGCGAAGACACCGAAAAAAAAUCGUCCGAAUCCUCUUCAUCGAGAUCGUCCAGCGUAGAAAGCGACGCAGAGCCUCAGGCAAAGAUCAAGCGCCAGGAGCAGAUCCAAAAAAACAACAAGUUCCGAGGGCAACCCAAAGACAGUGAUGAAUUCAAUCUGGAAGGUCCUGAAUCCAGAGAUUGCAAUCGUUAUCAGUCAAAUGGAAAUGGCCAGAGACGCAGGGACAAUUCCUUUGACAGAGAAAGAAACCAAGAGAAUUCUUCAUUUGGCAGAGAACUGAGACGUGAGAACAUUUCUUAUCAUAGUGAAAGAACCCGUAAGGAAAUGAAAUCGAUCCCUCACAAUAGGCAAAUAAGUCGGUAUAGAUCACUUUCUUAUGAGAAUCCACGUAAAAGAGAGAAAUCGUUCUCUCGAGAAAGACGGAUCGAGAAGAGCAGCCGCGGUGAAAAAGACAGCCGACGUGGUGACAGUUCGUCUAAAGAUCGUGGAUCAGAUCGUGGUGAAAAGUCUGAUCGUGGCGAGAGGUCAGAUCGCAGUGGACGUGAUCGUGAUAAGGAGCGGGAUCGGGAAAGAGGUCAUGAUCUCAAACGACAACGGGGACGUGAACGAGAGCGUGACCGAUCGCGUGACCGCCCACGAAGGGAACGCAGUUCGCAGAGAUCCAAGGGGCGUGGCUGAAUAUAGAGAAAAGCAUCGUGGAGACUGGAAACCGUGACGAAACAAAUAAAGGCAUAUGAAUAUUUGUGUUAACUACUAUACUUUUACAUGUGUACAAAAAAAAACUAAACCCACUAAAUGAUAAAACAAAAAUAAAUGUACAAAAUGCAACUUUAA